AUGGCUGCCUCGAGCACAUCAACUUCCCCGGUAUCUGACCUUCGCCUCCCACAAAGCUGGCUUCUCUCUAAGACCGACAAGUGGCCGUAUCACCUUACGGCCGCCUUACGUGCCUUGAUGGUGGACAAAGAUCUAUAUACUGUCCAACGACUUAAUCCCGCGUCAACCUCAAAACUACGGGAGAUCAGUGAUCUACUCAAACCGUACUUUAACGUGACAUUAUGGGAUACGGAAUUAGAGCGUAUACUCCAAGCCAAGGUGUGCAACAAGAUCAAACGAAUCCGGCGGCUCCACGUUGACGAGGAAGGGGAAGAUGAUACGGGCCCUGACUGCGACACGCCGGCCGCGAUGUUCGAGGCCUUAGACCCCGGAGAACAACUGGCAGUUAUGCGACGGGCUGUCCUACGCUGGGGUGCGCCUCUGUUGAUCCAGCUUAUCCUGCUGGCCACUGAACGUCUGGGCGCCCUAUAG